AUGGCGAAGCACCAUCCAGAUCUCAUCAUGUGCCGCAAGCAAUGCGGGAUUGCCAUUGGUCGCCUCUGCGAGAAGUGCGACGGAAAGUGUGUGAUUUGCGACUCCUACGUCAGGCCCAGUCAAUUGGCGCGAGUUUGCGACGAGUGCAACUACGGAAGUUACCAGGGCCGGUGCGUGAUUUGCGGCGGCGCGGGAAUUUCAGAUGCCUUCUAUUGCAAGGAGUGCUGCCAAUGCGAAAAGGAUCGGGACGGAUGUCCCAAGAUUGUGAACCUGGGAACAGCCAGAACCGACUUGUUCUACGAACGAAAAAAGUAUGGAUUCAAAUCACGCUGA